GCGUCGAAAACUCAAAACAAAAACAAGGGCUUUGCUGGGGCCUCGCUGAGGCUACGGUGCCGGUGGAGGCACUGUUUGUGUGGGGCCGGGGUUGCGCCCCGAGGAGGGUGGGCGCGCCCGGGGAAAGGAUGAAGCCGGGGCUGUAAGGCCGAGGCGGCGGUGGCAGGAAGGAGGCUUGGAUGUCGGCCCCGGGGCACCGCUGAGGCAGCGGGUCCCAGACCUCGGAGACUGGUCCUGCGCCCCCACCGCACCCCGUACUCUCCGGAGUGCAACGCCGGGGGGCCGGUGGAGGCGCACCUCCGGCACGAUGAAGGAUUUGGGGCCAGAGUGCUUGGCAGAUCGUGAAGGAGUUCAGCUCCUUGGAUUGUUGAGUUUCUAUCUGGAACAAGAACAGAGAUUCCAACCUCGAGAGAAAGGGCUGAGCUUGAUCGAGGCUACCCCAGAGAAUGAUAAUACUUUGUGUUCAAGAUUGAGAAAUGCCAAAGUAGAAGAUUUAAGGAGUUUAACUAACUUUUUUGGAUCUUGCACUGAAACAUUUGUUCUAGCUGUCAAUAUUUUGGACAGAUUUUUGGCUCUUAUGAAGGUGAAACCUAAACAUUUAUCUUGCAUCGGAGUCUGUUGUUUUUUGCUGGCUGCUAGAAUAGUUGAAGAAGAAUGCAAUAUUCCAUCCAUUCAUGAUGUAAUCCGGAUUAGUCAGUGUAAAUGUACUGCUUCUGACAUAAAACGGAUGGAAAAAAUAAUUUCAGAAAAAUUGCACUAUGAAUUGGAAGCUACUACUGCCUUAAACUUUUUGCACUUAUAUCAUACUAUUGUACUUUGUCAUACAUCAGAAAGGAAAGAAAUACUGAGCCUUGACAAACUAGAAGCUCAGCUGAAAGCUUGCCACUGCCGACUUGUCUUUUCCAAAGCAAAACCAUCUAUAUUAGCUUUGUGCCUUCUCAAUUUGGAAGUAGAAACUUUGAAAUCUGUUGAAUUACUGGAAAUUCUCCUGCUUGUUAAAAAACAUUCCAAGAUUAACGACACCGAAUUCUUCUACUGGAGGGAGUUAGUAUCUAAAUGUUUAGCUGAGUAUUCUUCUCCUGAAUGUUGCAAACCAGAUCUGAAGAAGUUGGUUUGGAUUGUUUCAAGGCGCACAGCUCAGAACCUCCACAAUAGCUACUAUAGUGUUCCUGAGUUGCCAACAAUCCCAGAGGGGGGUUGUUUUGAUGAAAGUGAAAGUGAGGACUCUUGUGAAGAUAUGAGUUGUGGAGAAGAGAGUCUCAGCAGUUCUCCACCCAGUGACCAAGAGUGCACCUUCUUUUUCGAUUUCAAAGUGGCACAGACACUGUGUUUUCCAUCUUAACUCUAAUUAUUCUGUGUCAAAAUUUAAAGUAUGUCUACCGGUUUUAAAGCAAUAAAUGGGGGAGUAGGUAGUUUUCUGGUCCAGCCCCCAUCUAGGCAGGAAUUACAUGGACUGGAAUACCUACCUUCUAUUUAUUAUUCAGAUCAGAUCUGGCCUAUUUUCAUAUUUAAUCCUAAGCCAUCAAAUGGGUUAGUGCCUCUUAAAUAAUUAACAAUACUUUAGACAUUGGCACUUUAUUUUUGUUGUUGAUCUUUAGCUACUUGGGGCAGGAGGGAAGGUGCUGAUACCUUUGUUACUUUUCAAGAAGAUUUUUAAAGUUGAAUAGUAUAGCUUAUCUUAAGCUUUUUAAUAAAGCCUUCAGGUGUCUUUAUUUAACAGAUUGGGAGUGUGCAAGUGCUUCCUUAGCAGGGACAAUGGUUAAUCCUUUAAUGGUUUCUUAGAUUUUCUUCUCUCCCCAUUUUCAAAACAGACUAUACAGUACUCUUAAAUGUCAGACACAUAAUUCUGUUGUUUUUUAAAUGAUCAGUGUACUAUUUGAUGCAGAUCCUAUAAACUUAGGAAUUUUCUGUGAAUUUUAGUAUAUGAUGUCUUUAAUUGAGGUUUCUGCUAAAGCAGAAAUAAUCGUUAGGCUAGAGUUGUUAGAUAGUUGCAUUCUUAAUGCCUAAGUAUUGUCAGACUAUAGUAUUAUUUUAAUGUUAUUAAAAAAAUCCAUAAUCUGCUAGUUUUGCAUGUACCUGUAUGAAAGCAAUACAGGAAGUUAAACAGAACUAGGUAACUAUGGAAUUAUAAAUGUUGAUUUAGUAGCACAUUUUAUUUUCUUAAAGUCUGCAUGAUCACAUUUUAUUUCCUUUGUAAUUCACAUUUCAAAAAUAAUGUGUUAGUAUAUGGGUGCCAAGAUUUUAAUAUGAAGUAAAAAGAACUCCAGUGUUUGUAGUAUUAUAGUUUUAAGCAAAUCUUUGGUGAUCUAGCCAUAAGGAUGGGGAUAUAUAAACUCUGUACCCGUAAGAUUUUGUACAGAGAAUUUUUAACUUUAUAAACUGUAUAUGAAAAUGUAAAUCUUUCAUAUUGUAUAUAAAAUACUGUAUUUUUUUACCUUGUGUGUGUGAUAGUCUAGUCAUUGCAUGUAAAUAUAAUUUAUUGUGUAUUCAGUGUUAUAAUCAGACAUUGAUGACUUACUUUUUUACUGGUAAGUCAACAUCCACUGGAUGUUUUCUGAAGUGAAUCUUUUUGAAGUGAUAAUAGAUUACAAUUCAAAAUAAAAAUAUUAAUGAAUUCUCCUCGUUUGCAUUCACAUCUUAAUUUUUAAUCUUUUGGUAAAAAUGCUUGCCAAGUUUCAAUAAGAAAACUCAAAAUGCCCUCACCAUCAACCUUCUAACUGGCUACCAGAAGUCCUUUGGGUAAUAGUUCUUUCAACAGUUUUGCUCUGCCUUGAAAGUACCAAAAGUGAAUCUGUCACUUGAGGAUUGACUUUUCUCUGGGGUGGAUUCAUAUUAAGUAAGCUCUCAGAGACUGGGAAUUAACCUGAAUGCCUAUUAAAUUAUGGUGAAAGGCAAUAAGUAUCAAGUAGACCAGAAUGCCCAGGUUGGCAGAUCAGUACAAUCUAUGACAAAUCAAAUUCUAAUCAGAAUGUUACUUGGUGAAUAAACAUGGAUGGAUCCCUGCUGGCUUCUGGCUAUUUGGAUCUUUAGUCUCAGGUUGUUUUGCAAGUGGUGGUCUUCUCGUUUGAUUUUAUAGACUUUGUUCUCUGUGUUGGUUGAAAAAUAAGGUACACUGAAUAUGGUUUUCAUGUAAUAUCUUUUCUUCCUUGGAGAUAAGGGUAUAUUUUCCUACCCUUCAGGUGGAGAAUCUGCUUGAGGAUGAUUCUCUUCAGUAAUUUUGGCAAAUAAUGAACAAAAUAUUCUGCUUUCAGAUUUUGGUUUGUUGAGAUAUAGAAGUUAUUUGUGACUUUCCAACUCUUGUGACCCUCUUCAGUUCCUCCAGGGUUGUAUUGCUUCUUGCUAGAUGCUUCUGAGUGAGUUGUUCAUGAUUUCAUUUGUACCCUUUUCUGAGUUUAAGUAUAUUUAGUCUAAAUUAAUUGAGCUCCCAAAUCUUUUUUUUUUUUUUUUUUUUUUUAAACAACUGGUCAUUCUACUUGGAAGUUUCUGAUCACUCCUAAACCUGCUCUUCCUGUAUGUCUGUCUCAGCAAAUAAUUCUAUCCAUGCAAGUCAGAGAUAUGCUCAUCUCUACCUGUUUACUAAAGAGUCACCAGCCUCUAUCAUUUAUGUGAUAUUCUUAAUGCCAUUUCUCUUUACUUGGUCUCUUUUUCUGUCCCUGGUUCAGACCUGUACUCUUAACAAGAGUUAUUGCAAUGUAUUAGGCUUUUUGUUGAUCUCUUCCUUGCUACCUGUACCUGCUUUUAAAAUAUGUAAAAUAGACUUGAAAAUUGUUUAAUAGGUCCCAAUCAUAAAAUCUAUAUAAGUCUCUUCCUAAUGUGCACCUGUUUCUGAUUUGUUUUUCCAUACAUAAUUUUGUGUUAAGAAGGAAAACUAACAGCUAUGUGGAAGAUGGACUAGAGCAGGUGUGUGUGCUUUGCCAUUCUGUUGUGCAUGGUGAAGUAUUAUGUCAGGGCCCUGGGUCUCUACCCAUCUGACCCUGCUUCUACCCUUCCCUGUAAGAAGUUGAGAUUAGAUAAAUAAUGUGCUUUAAUUACCUAUCACACUCCGUUGAUACUCAGGUUAAUUACAAAGGCAUUGGUUGUGCACUUCUCAUAGCAAUUUUAACCAUUUUCUUGAUCUAGGAUUUGCCAUUGUCUUCAAUUCUUUAAGCAUUUUAAUGCUAUGUUCCAAUAUGGUAUUUCUCUGCUUACCUUGCAUCUCUCCCACCACACAUGCAAAUUAUUACUUUAUUUAGGCAAUUCACUUAGAUUUUUAUUUGUAUUAAGACAAUGUACUUUGCAUUUGUUAUUUUUGAACUCAGUUUUCCUAAUUAAUACCAGAAAUGAUAAAAAAUCUAUUCAUUUGUGUUUAGCCAGAUUGUAUCACAGGUAGUUACCCAAGAUGGCAGCCAGCGAGUCUUCAAUACAAGCUGCUCUUUCUAUCAAAUUAGUAGAGUCUGUUUCCCUUGAAGUUUGGCCUUUUGAUUGGCUUUGCCUACUAAAGUGCAGUGGAAAACAUUCAGCGUAUGUGUAUACCUAGGCCGUAAGAGGACUGGCAGCUACCCUUUUAUCCUUCUUGGAAGCAAGCUACCAUGUUGCAAAAGAGCUCUGGCUGAGUUAAUGAAAGAUGGGAAGACAUGUGGAGAGAGGCUCUUGAGGAUAAGAGACCAUCUUGGGUGGUCUGAGCUCCCAGGUGAAUACCACUGUAUCCUCCCUGUGGUGUACAUGGUAGAGGAACCACCCAGCUGAUCCCAGUCAGCCUACAGACAAGUCAUUGUCACAAGGUUUUGGGGUGAUUUGUUGUUACACAGCAGUAGUUUGUUAUUUAUGGUCAAAUGGUGAUUAUUUCUGGUGAGAUUAUACAGGUAUUUUUAAAAUUAUGCUUAUCUGUAGUUUCCUUUUUCUUACAAUGGAUUUGAAUUAGUGGUGUAUUAAAAGAAUAAAGAAUAAAC